AUGAACAAAAUCGAUGGCUGGGGAUCUUUGGAGGCCGAGGGAAAAAUAUUCAUAAUGAUAAAGCCUCAACACGACGCUACCUUCUCACGCAUGAACAAAAUCGAUGGCUGGGGAUCUUUGGAGGCCGAGGGAAAAAUAUUAAUAAUGAUGAAGCCUCAACACGACGCUUCCCCCUCAAUCGCCCCCAAAAUCGAUGACUGGGGAUCUUUGGAGGCCGAGGGAAAAAUAUUAAUAAUGAUGAAGCCUCAACACGACGCUACCUUCUUAUCGCAUGAACAAAAUCGAUGGCUGGGGAUCUUUGGAGGCCGAGGGAAAAAUAUUAAUAAUGAUGAAGCCUCAACACGACGCUACCUUCUCAAUCGCAUGAACAAAAUCGAUGGACUGGGGAUCUUUGGAGGCCGAGGGAAAAAUAUUCAUAAUGAUGAAGCCUCAACACGACGCUACCUUCUCAUCGCAUGA